CCAAGGGCUUGGUAAUGAGGCCCUAUUGAGCAACAAGCAAGUAGAGCAGGAGACAGACUAACGCACUAAUUGCUCCAGUACCUCCACAUUAGGAGUUGAACUCAAUGAUCCUUUAUGGGUCCUUUCCAACUUGGGAUAUCCUGUGAUUGUAUGGUGCCCUAAUCCUUGAAGAAUUUGUCAGAAUGCAUUAACAUGAAUUAGCAGAAAUGUGGAGGCAGAUACACUCUUAAACCAUUACUGAAAGUAGUGUGUUUCAAUAUAAUGUGUGAAGAAGUUUACGGAAUCAGUGAGCUAAGUAGUGUUUAAUGAAUGCUGAUUUGGUCAUCCAAGCGUGUCAUACUUACAACACCACUGAGAGAAGGAUAUUGUCUUUUCUGUUGCAGACUCCAGGCUGGAGUUCAGGAUAGUUUCUUGACUUUUGGAGUUUACAAAGAUGAGAUCACAAUGCAACUUGUUGACAAAGCCUGCAAAAUAUUAGGUGUUCCUGCUGAUAUGGUUCUGAGAGAGUUUGGAGAGUAUUUCUUUGAAUUUUGUAAACGUUCAGGAUAUGAUCACAUGCUGAGAACACUGGGUGGAAAUUUGUAUGAGUUCAUAGAGAACCUGGAUGCAUUACACAGCUACCUGUCCCUGUCUUACCAGGAGAUGAAUGCACCAUCUUUCAGAGUAGAAAAGAAUGAAGACGGGUCAAUGCAUUUACAUUACUAUUCAGAUAGAAGAGGUCUGUACCAUAUUGUGCCAGGAAUCAUUGGUGCAGCAGCCCUGGAUUUUUUUAACAUUGAGAUUUCAAUGGAAAUAGUCAAUCAAACAGAAGAAGAAGAAAGAACUGGGAAAAAAGAGCAUAUUGUUUUUCUCGUCACUCAAAACCCUGUACUUUCAUAUAAAGAAAGAAAUAAAUUUUCUUUCUCACCUCAAUAUCUUGCUGAGUCUGAAAAACAAAAUGAUACUCAAUUGAACAAUAAGGAUCUUGAGAAAUCAGAGAAUACUAUUAGAGGAGGCUCGGUUUGUCCUGUCAAGAAAAGUCACUGGAAAACAAUAAGAGGAAUAAUCACAUUAGGAAAAGGUAAACUCCUGAGAGGAUUUGACCCUGUUUAUCCCAAGACUCUCUGGAUUGACACAAAAACAUUUUGCAAUGGGCUUCCUUUUCAUAUGGUUUUUGACAAAGAGCUCAGAGUGAAGCAAGCUGGGGUGAGCAUUCAAAAGAUCGUACCUGGCCUUCAGACCAUGGGUAUCUGCCUGGAUCACUAUUUCAGUAUCGUUCACCCAGAAGUACCCUUCACCAUCUCUAGUAUUCAGAAAUUUAUCAACAGCCAAUUUGUUUUCCAGACCAAGAGAGAAAUGAUGCCAGAGUCAUGGAAACAGCGGCCAAUGUUAGAGCUGAGAGGCCAGAUGAUCUGGAUGGAGUCUCUGCAGUGCAUGCUCUAUCUCUGCUCACCUUUACUUCGCACUUUACAUGAGCUGGAGGAGCGACAGAUGCAUAUUGCAGACAUUGCGCCUCAUGACGUGACCAGGGAUUUGAUUCUUCUCAAUCAGCAGCGACUGGCAGAGAUGGAGCUCUCUAACCAGCUGGAGAGGAAGAAGGAAGAACUGCGGGUACUGUCAAAGCACCUGGAAGAAGAGAAGAAAAAGACUGAAGCUCUGCUCUACGCCAUGCUUCCUCAACAUGUAGCAAACCAGCUGAAAGAGGGGAAGCGAGUUGAGGCAGGAGAAUUCAAGGAGUGCACCAUAUUGUUCAGUGAUGUUGUGACCUUUACCAACAUUUGUGCCCAAUGCGAGCCUAUUCAGAUAGUUCUCAUGUUAAAUUCAAUGUACCUGCAGUUUGACAGACUGACCACAGUGCAUGAUGUAUACAAGGUGGAGACAAUUGGAGAUGCCUAUAUGGUAGUAGGUGGAGUCCCUGUGCCUGUAUCCACUCAUGCUGAGCGAGUUGCUAACUUUGCCUUGGGGAUUAUAAUAGCAGCUAAAGGAGUACAGAACCCAGUUUCUGGAAAUCCAAUCCAAAUUAGAGUUGGGAUCCAUACAGGUCCUGUCUUGGCUGGAGUUGUUGGAGAAAAGAUGCCUCGUUAUUGCUUGUUUGGAGACACAGUGAAUAUAGCUUCCCGCAUGGAGAGUCAUGGUGUCCCGAGUAAAAUUCAUCUAAGCUCCAGUGCCUAUCACUGUCUAAAAUACAAAAAUUUUGAGAUGACAGAAAGAGGAGAAAUAGAAGUGAAAGGCAAAGGGAAGAUGCAUACAUACUUCCUCGUUAGAAAUAAAACUGCGUGUGAGAAUGAGAUUAUGGGAAGGCCAAUAAAAGACUUAGAUUCUGGCCGUGAAUCUGCUCAGUCCUUUCAAGAAGACAGGGCUGAGACAGCGCCGAGUUCUCAUCAGACAGUUACUCAUAAUCAGCCAGAGAAGGACCAGACCACAGCCAUUGCAAUGAAGUAUCUUGACACUCCCACGGAUGCACAAAACAGCCUCAAAAGAAGAAAUCAAGCAAAAAUCGCAGAUUUAACAGGUAGUUAUUUAGUUACCAUCCAGAAAAGGCAACAAUUACAACGUAAUUUAUGGGGCUUAUUCUUACAGUUUCAUUGUAUUCCACUUCUGAAUGUCUGUGGCUUUAUUUGA